CCCCGGGCCCAGGAUCUCCCGCCCGCAGGGAGAGAGAGGAUUGUCCGAAGAGCCGAGCGGCAGCGCACGGGAGCUUCUAUUUCCCUCCCCGGCAGCUGCGCCGGCUGACAUUCCUCUGCAUUUCUUAAGGGGGAAAACUCAGCGAAGAAGGGCAGUAGAGAAGCGGGGGAAAGUUGAUUGACUUGCAGAGAGGUGAAGCUUUGCUGUGGCUCCCACUGCACUUUGCACUUGAGACCGUCAGUCCACGCGAAGCUGGAGAAUGGAGCCAGAGCCCCCGCCCGAGCUCCCAGCAAUUCCCCUGGGGGAGAAUGGGAGUGCCCACCCGGUGCCCGACACAGCCCUGCUGGCCGCGGGGAGAGGCACGGCCGUGUUCAUCAUCCGCUGUGUGAUCCCUUCACUUUACCUGCUCAUCAUCACUGUCGGCUUGCUGGGCAACGUCACCCUCAUGAAGAUCUUCAUUUCCAACAGUGCCAUGAGAAGUGUGCCAAACAUCUUCAUCUCCAGCCUCGCCGCUGGUGAUCUGCUCCUGCUAGUGACCUGUGUGCCUGUGGAUGCCUCCCGGUAUUUCUCUGAAGAGUGGCUCUUUGGGGAAGUUGGCUGCAAGCUCAUCCCUGUCAUCCAGCUGACCUCCGUCGGUGUCUCUGUCUUCACCCUCACUGCCCUCAGUGCUGACAGGUACAAAGCAAUUGUAAAUCCCAUGGACAUCCAGACCUCCAGUGCAGUGCUGUGGACUUGUCUUAAAGCCACUGCCAUCUGGGUAAUCUCCAUGCUCCUAGCAGUUCCUGAAGCAGUGUUCUCCAGUAUCUACUACUAUCAUAUUGCAAAGAGCUUAAUAAAAAGUGCUCACAACAUCCCUGGGGAACACAGUGAGCAUUCCAAAAGACAGAUGGAAACUCGGAAGCGUCUGGCAAAAAUUGUUUUAGUUUUUGUUGGCUUCUUUGCUAUCUGCUGGUUUCCUAACCACGUGCUAUACAUGUACAGAUCUUUUCAUUACAAUAAGAUUGAUCCAUCGAUGGGACAUAUGGUUGUUACCUUAGUGGCCCGAGUGCUAAGCUUCUGCAACUCUUGUGUCAACCCAUUUGCACUGUAUUUUCUCAGUGAGAGUUUUAGAAGACAUUUCAACAACCAGCUUCGCUGCAGGAAGAAAGCUCAGAAAGAGAGAUCUGCCAGCUACUUGGGCAACACUUCUGCCAUUCAAAUGACUUCCCUGAAAAGUAAUACCAGGAACACAGUAACUACCAUGACACAACUGAAUGGGCACCACUUGAAACAAGAAAUGUCAUUAUGAUAUAAUGAGUGUGAUUUUUGACUGUGAAACAAAUCUGAACUUUUCCUUUGCAGCUUGUAACUCACUUUUGGCUCUCAUUCUUAGACAGUCCUCAGAAGAGAGGAUCUGUUAAAUUCUGGCCAAUCUGAGGUUACUUCACACUGUCUGACUCUUAGAUAGAAGUGAAGAGUGUGUUUUACUGAAAAAACAAAACGGACUGGCAUCAUAUUGUACUUUAAAGGAGAUGCUGAUACAUGUUUAACAUAAAGGAAAGCAGUGUAUCUGAUAAAACAUUGCUUUAAAAAAUAUAGAUCUUCUGAUCUGAAAAUAUGUAUUUUUAACUGAAUAUUGAUCCAGGCUUAUGUUUUGCUUUAAUAGAUUGUGCAUGAUUUUAGCUCUGUGGUGUGUGCUAGCUUUGCUGAUUAAGACUGUUAGACUUUUGGAUUCAAUUAAACUUUUAUUUUUAAUUUAUUUUUUCUAUAAUCAGCUCUCAUGUCAGCACAGGUAGUCUGACUGAAGCUUAUUGCUGCUACUUAUACAAGGCUGCUCAUAUAAAAGUUUGAAGGGGGGGUGUCAGAGCUCUAUCCCCCCUUACACAAUGGCAUAGAAUCUGACAAAUAAUCAUUCCCAAGCCAGGUGAGAGGUUAGCUUUUGUGUCUGAGCUCCAGAGAGAAGAUGCUCACAGUGUCUUUCUUAGAAGGAGCAGUAAUAGCAGACAAAGGCACCUUGUGGAAUAUUGGAGGUUAAUUUUUCACAAAUGGGACGGGACCCCCGGGUGAUGUGUCACGAGCUUUUAUUUUGGACACCAGUCUCAGUUACAGUCACAGGAGAUGGCACAAGCUCACUUCUG